UCAAUGAAAUUAGAGGAAGACUUUGAUUCGCUGGUGAUUGGCGCUGAACUUUGUAGGGAGGACCACGGUUCGAUUCCCGCAACUGCGAUCGGAGGGGCUGGAAGCACUUGAUGCUAAAAUUAACCCCCAAAUCAGAUUAAACUAGUGGUGAAAGCAAAAAAAAAUUAGAGGAAGACUAACAAAUAAGUGGGUUCAGGUAGUUAACGAGCUUCGCUAAAAUGAAUCAUUCGGGAGAAUAUGAAUUUUGCUGAGAUGAGAUCCAUUUUGUGUCGGACUUUAUAACCUAUGCCCGAACUUUGGAUUACCAAAAUCUUCUACCCUUAAAAUAAGAGGAAUACAUCUUUCAUAGAUUAUUUGUAAAUUAUAAGUGAGUUUAACUCAGUUGGUAGGAACUCUCUACUUAUCUUUAAAAUGAAUUUUUUAGCUACUAAGCAACUUGAGAAGCCUUAUGUAUAAGUAUAAAGGCUAGAAUUUCAAUUUUUAAAGUUAAAUAGUGACAACACCAAAGUUCGAACUUCAAUCCUUUAUUAUAUGCAUUGUCUCUACCAAUUAAGUUACGCUCACGUGACAAUAAUCUAUUUCAUAAAUUAAAAAGAGCAUAUAAAAAAAUAUCACAACUUAUUUUUAUAAGUUAUUUCAAAUGGUCGCACAACACUUGUACAAGUUCAUAUGCUCAAAUAAGCCGAUCCAAAUAAGCCUAUUUGCUUUCACUUUGUUUUUUUGUUUGAUUUUGUGCUUUCACUUUCUUUUCUGAAUCAAACAGAGGUAAAACCCGUUACACAGUCCCAAAAAUCAUCCACCACCACAGUAAGCUCUUCCUUAUCCUUCUCUCCAUUCCUUAUCAUUUCCCCGAAAAAAUCCACACACACCCAUAUUUCAAAACUGCAUCUUUUUCCACCCACCAACUGUUUGUUGUUUUGUUUCUGAAAUUUUUCCUCAAUGCCUUCAAUUCCAAAACGCAAAAUCAUGUUAAUGGGCAUGUUUGAUAGGUACAUAAAUUCUCUCAAAAACCCUUUCUUUUCAUCACUAACCCAUCAUCAUAAUCAUUAUCACACUUAUCUUUUCAGAAACAAAGCUUUGUCACAAGUUGAAACCACACUUCAAUCAUCAAUGUUUUCUGUAUUUAAAUACUCCACUUAUUGUAAAUUACCAUUAUCAAAUGCUCAUCGUAUUCAAUUGAUUCAAUCUUCAUUGCAAAUGAACUCUUUUCCUGCAUGUCAUUUAUCCGUUCGCCGGUAUUGUUCAGAAACUGUUUCCAUUAAUCAAGAUUUUGGUUGUAAUGUGAGUGAUGAUGUUGUGGAGGUUAAUGGUGUUGUGGAGGUUAAUGGUAUUGUGGAGGGUAAUGGUUUUGAGAGUGAUAUUGAUAAGGUGCAUAUCACUGUAAUGGAUAAUUUACUAGGUUUUCACAAUAUGGAGAAAGCUCUUGAAAAUUUGGGUAUCCCAUUGUCCACACCUUUGGUUACUGGUAUGUUGCAUAGGCUUCGAUAUGAUGAGAAGAUUGCGUUUCGGUUUUUUACAUGGGCUGGUCAUCAAGAUAAUUACUCACAUGAGCCUUGUGCUUAUAAUGAUAUGAUGGAUAUCUUGUCUAGUACAAAGUAUAAAGUAAAACAGUUUCGGAUUGUUUGCGAUGUGUUGGAUUAUAUGAAGAGGAACAACAAGAGUAAAGUUCCGGCGGAAGUUCUGUUGGAUAUUUUGAGGAAAUAUACCGAGAGGUAUCUGACUCACGUGCAGAAGUUUGCGAAGAGGAAGAGGAUAAGAGUUAAGACACAACCAGAAAUAAAUGCAUUUAACUUUCUGUUGGAUGCUUUGUGCAAGUGUUGCUUGGUUGAGGAAGCUGAAGGAUUAUAUAAGAGAAUGAGGAAAAUGAUAAAUCCUAAUGGGGAUACGUAUAAUAUAUUGGUUUUUGGGUGGUGUCGGGUUAGAAACCCGAGUAGAGGGAUGAAACUGUUGGAAGAAAUGAUUCAACUAGGUCAUAAGCCUGACAAUUUCACGUACAACACUGCCCUCGAUACUUACUGCAAAGCAGGCAUGAUAAAAGACGCGGUAGAGCUUUUCGAGUUCAUGAGGACAAAAGGUUCAACCAUUUCUUCUCCCACUGCCAAGAGUUAUUCAAUUCUAAUUGUGGCUCUCGCCCAAUAUGAUAGAAUGGAGGAAUGUUUUAAACUUAUGGGGCAUAUGAUUAGCAGUGGUUGUCUUCCUGACGUCACAACUUACAAAGAUAUAAUCGAAGGUAUGUGUUUGUGCGGUAAGAUAGAUGAAGCUUACAAGUUCUUGGAAGAGAUGGGAAACAAAGGUUACCCACCUGAUAUUGUUACUUAUAAUUGUUUCCUCAGGGUUCUCUGUGACAAUAAGAAAUCUGAGGAAGCCCUUAAACUGUAUGGAAGAAUGAUUGAAUUGAGUUGUAUUCCUAGCGUGCAGACUUACACUAUGCUGAUUUCGAUGUUUUAUAAGAUGGAUGAUCCUGACGGAGCAUUUGAGACUUGGCAAGAAAUGGAGAAGAGGGGUUGCAGACCAGACACUGAUACAUACUGUGUCAUGAUUGAGGGGCUAUUCAACUGCAAUAAAGCAGAAGAUGCUUGUAUUCUUUUGGAAGAAGUGAUAAACAAGGGAAUAAAAUUGCCGUAUAGGAAUUUUGAUUCCCUGUUGAUGCAACUUUCAGUGAUUGGUGAUCUUCAGGCUAUUCAUAAGCUCUCCGAUCAUAUGAGGAAAUUCUAUAAUAAUCCUAUGGCAAGACGUUAUGCUCUAAGCCAGAAGCGCAAGAGCAUGAGUUUGAGAGGGAAGUCAUAGUAAGAAAUAUAUUUUCUUAGUUGAGUUUGUGUUACCUUUUGCAAAAACUUGGAAGAGUUACAGUCAGGAGCAUUCUUCUAAUGUUUGGUUAGACGAAUAUUUUCUGAAAGCAUGGCAGGUUAUAGUAUUUACCAUUUCAGACGCUGCCUUCAAGCUUGUCCCUGCACUGCAUAUUGGAUCUCAUCUAUUCUCGUUUGAAGUUGUCAAGAGAAAUUUUGUAAGCUGUUAAUAAUUACGAUAGUUUAAUGAGAAAUGUUGGUUAGUUAACAUCACCAUCGUCGGAAGGACAGAGAGGGUGGCGGCGUCGGACAGAGAGGCCAUGACAUGAAAGAAGAAGAUGGAACGCGCAGGACAAAGAAGAAGGCGACUGAGUUUAUUUCUUUUAUUUUAUUUUAAUUAAAUAAAUAGUUAAUUUGAACUUUUUUGAUCACAGCCUUUGAAAUCUUUUUAUCCACAUGUCACACAUGUAACAAUUGGACUGGGUUAAAUGGAAGUAGGCUAAAUGGAGCAUACCUGAACUCGAAGUGUUUUACUUAUUUAAAUCAUGAAGUUGUUAUAAUCAAUACCUGGAUUACCGCACUUUACCCAUCCUAA